CUUGCCCAGCAACGGGUGGGCCCACCAAAGCGGCAGGCCUGGCAUGCUUGCCGCACCUCAGCACGAGCAGCCACCAAAGCCUCUCAAUCCUUGCUUGUGGCUGCCGGGAUGACAGUGCGCAGGCUCUUGCGCGAGCCAAGCGUGGAGUGGUUGUUCCCCUCCUCCUCAACUACCGGCCUUCCCCGCGCCAACAGCCGGCACGCACAUAAUCCCAGGAGCCCACAUGCGCGACGAGUCGGCCCGCGAGGCAUCUUCCCCUUGAAACAAGAUGGCGGCGGGUCUGAUGCCCAAGCACUUGGCCUCAGGGUCACAUCGGCCCAGGAGACAUGGCCAGAGAUUGGCGCGCCACUAUGCACCCCACAAAGAUGGCGCUCUCGGGCAACUUGGCAGGGUUGAACGUUUCCAUCCUUUGUUUCCGCGUUUGGCCACAUGGCCGCGAUACCCUGGUGGCGUUUGCGCAGCAAGAGAUAAAAACUCGGGCCAGAGAUGAUUCCAGAUGUUGCGUGAAGCUGACGAGGUGCAUGUCAGCCUUGCUCACCGCUUGCAAACCUCGCCAUCAUGCUUCCCCAUACACUCUUCUGGUCCGCCUUUGCCCUCGGUGCCUGCGCCCCUGGUCCUCGUCAGACAGGCGCUGUUGCUCGAAGCAUCCAGCGCGACGACUUGGAAGGCUAUGCAUUUCUCUACUUCACUGGCAGCGACGAGCAAAUCUACCUCGCCGCCAGUAACGGCAACAAUGCCCUGUCCUUCACCGAGCUCAACGGGGGCAAGCCCAUUUUCAAGUCUGCCUUGGGUGACAAGGGCGUCCGCGACCCCUUUGUGAUGCGCUCGGUCGACGGCUCCAAGUUCAUCAUCCUAGCCACCGACCUCUGCAUUGGCUGCGGCAUGUCUUGGGGCGACGCCCAAACGCGAGGCAGUCGUCACAUCGAGAUCUGGGAAUCCCCCGACCUCGUCACCUUUUCAGCCCAGCGCCACGUUCUCGUGUCGCCCGAGGCCUACGGCAACACCUGGGCCCCCGAGGCGUACUGGGACGCCGAGCUCGGCACCUACGUGGUGUACUGGGCCUCGGGCAUCUACGACGACAGCCCCGAAGGCGGCAAUCCAGGCCGCGCGAGGAUAACAUACCAGCGCUUGGUUUACGCCACCACCGACGACUUUGUCACCUUUUCCGAUCCGCAUGUUUGGCAGGACGAGCCCCCGCAUGGGCGCAUCGACUCGACCGUCAUUCGCAGCAACGGCACCUACCACCGCUUCACCAAAGCCACCACGGCAAACGGCUGCGCCGACAUUGUCCAGGAGAGCAGCCCGUCGCUGACGGCGGGCCUGGGUUCCUGGACGCGCGUCGCGAGCUGCAUCGGCAAGGGUGCCGGCACGCGCGAUGUCGAGGGCCCGUCCAUCUUCCAAACGAACCCAGGCGACGUCGGCGGAGGCGGGCGCUACGUGCUGCUGGUCGACGAGUUUGGCGGCGACGGUUAUGUGCCGCUCGAGUCAAACGACCUGGCCUCGGGCCGCUGGACGCUGAACCGCAACUUUAGCUAUCCCAAAACGCCGCGGCAUGGCACCAUCAUCCCUUUAACGGCGGCCGAGCUGGAACGCAUCAAGAUCGCAUAUGCGGCGUAAAGGAUUUAAAGGAUAAUUUAGCUAGCAAUUAAGUAUCUUGUGUAUGGG